AUGGGCCUGAAAGUCACGUGGAACGCACCCAAAGACGCUGCCAGUAGACCCGUGGAGCAUUACAACAUUGCCUAUGGGAAGUCCCUGAAAAGCCUUAGCUACAUCAAGGUGAAUGCGGAGACAUCCUCCUUCCUUAUCGAGGAUGUGGAGCCGGGGGUAGUGUACUUUGUCCUGGUUACUGCGGAAAAUCACAGUGGAGUGAGCCGUCCAGUUUACAGAGCUGAAAGUCCACCUGGAGGUGAAUGGAUCAAGAUUGAUGGUUUUCCCAUUAAGGGUCCAGGACCAUUUAAUGAAACCGUCACAGAAAAAGAAGUGCCCAACAAGCCCUUGCGCAUGCGUGUCCGGUCUUCAGAUGACAAGCUGUCGGUCCAGUGGAAAGCCCCACGCCUGUCUGGAGCCAAGAGUCCCCGCAGAUCACGAGGUUUUCUUCUGGGCUAUGGGGAAAGUGGCCGGAAGAUGAGUUAUGUCCCUUUGACAAGAGAUGAACGAACACACGAAAUUAAAAAGCUUGCCUCUGAGUCGGUCUACGUGGUCUCCUUGCAGUCUAUGAACUCCAGGGGACAGAGCCAGCCAGUGUACAGGGCAGCCUUAACGAAGCGCAAAAUUGCAGAAGAGGAUGAGUUGGAUGUGCCUCAAGACAUCAGCGUCCGCGUGAUGUCGUCCCAAUCUGUGCUGGUCGCCUGGCUGGACCCUGCCUCGGAAAAGCAGAAAAAGGUUGUUGCAUCAAGACAGUACACGGUGCGCUACCGAGAAAAGGGGGAGUCAGCAAGGUGGGAUUACAAGCAGGUGUCCAACAGACGCGUCCUGGUUGAGAACCUGAUUCCAGACACCAUGUAUGAAUUUGCAGUCCGUAUCUCACAGGGUGAAAGAGAUGGCAAGUGGAGCACGUCUGUCUUCCAAAGAACACCAGAAUCUGCACCUACCACAGCUCCUGAAAACUUAAAUGUCUGGCCAGUCAACGGCAAACCGACAGCUGUCACUGCAUCUUGGGAUCCACUUCCUGAGUCGGAGGGGAAAGUGAAAGAAUACAUUCUUUCCUACGCCCCGGCUCUCAAACCAUUUGGAGCAAAGUCCCUCACCUAUCGUGGAGAGACUACUUCUGCCAUAGUGGAUGGUCUGCAGCCUGGGGAACGCUAUCUUUUCAAAAUCCGGGCCUCAAACAGGAGAGGACAGGGUCCUCAGUCCAAAGCCUUCGUUGUCGCUAUGCCAACAACUGUUGACCAGAAGGCAGACAUGGAGGAUGAUUCCAAGCCUGAAAAACCCAAGCCUUCACCAUCUUCUCCCAAAGUCUCAGCUUCCUCAAGACACACUCACUUGCCUGUUUCUCCCCACAGUGGAAAUGCCAAGAACCUUCUUCUUGACUUGAAGAACAAAAUAUUGGCUAAUGGUGGGAUUUCCAGAAAGUCCCAGCUCCACCCAAAAAAACCUGAAGAUUUGGACCUUCAGUCAACUGAGGUCAGCGAGGAGGAGAUGGAGCACCGGUCAGACCCACCCACCGCGUCCUCCCAGACCGCAGACCAAAGGCGCACGCUGAGGCCACCACCUCCCAGUAGGUCUUUCCCUGCUGCCUUCAUUCCUGGGAGGACUGUGGUUCGAGCCCAGGCGCAACCCGAAAGGAGGACAUCCCAUUCUGGGGGCCUGGAGGAAAACCAGACCGUUCCAGGCGCACCCUCAAGACUGUCUCCGCUCGGGGCCUCGACUAGGUUGCUGCCGUCUGAACCGCGAGCUGGCUCUCCACUCUCCAGGGGCCUGAAAGACGGCCAGGACGCGCGGGCCACCAGUUCCAAUGCACCCUUACUGUCCACAACGGCUCCCACAGCCUCUCGUCUUUCCUCCAGGACACAGAUCUCUGAUGGCGACAGCGACACUGACAAUGAUGCAGAAUACAGAGCCAGGCAGACAGAAGCCACUGCCCCCACACUCCGGGCCCGGCUACCAGCAAGUCGCCCUGUCUCUGGACAUCUGAGUUUUUUCAGAAACAGGCCCUUUGGCGCCAACGGUAGAUAUCCAAACAGGUUUGGCAAUGGCCGUGGGUUGCGGUUCCAGCCUUCCGCUGACCCCCAGUCCACCAUGUCCUCCCGAGUGACCUCCAGGGUUAACUCUCACCCAACCUCCAGUCAGAGGCUUGGCGCAAGCACCCAGGGACGUGAGGAAGAGAGGGACGCGGAGGGGGAACAGCCGCUGCCUGCCACCACUGUGGACGACUUCGAGCCCUCCUCCUCCAGGCAGCCUGCCUCCCGGGCGCCGGACCACCUCCGAAGGGUCCUUCAGAGAGGGCCCAGCGUGCCCCGGAAAGAGUCUCUGUCGGGAUACCCCAAAUCCGCGGUGGCGUCUCCCUCCGCUUCGGCAGAAGCGCCUUCUCAGGGCAAGUUGGCGUCGCUGCCCUCGAAGGCCCAGGACGUUCAACACAGCUCAGACACGAAGGGCGAUGUCCUCCAAAUACAGCCAGUGGCCUCGGGGCGCCAGCCUUCCCUGGCGCGGCCACAGCCCAGUGUCCCCAGAAGGACGGUCCCCGGCCCAGGUCUGGGCGCCAGGGCUGCCGCCUCCGAGAAGCCACCUUCCCCACAUCGCCCCGUGUCCCAGCACCAGCCCGGGGGUCACCAGGACAAGGGCUCGGGCCACACACUCUCCAAACCCGGGCAGGAGCCGCCUCAGCCACGGGCCCGCCAGCCCUCCUUUGCGUCCUCUCCGCAGGGUCGGGACGCGGAGGCCGAGCACGACUUCAACCGAGGGGACAGCUCGGAGGAGACGGCCCCGGCCCUCUCCAAGCACCGCCAGCUGGAAGGCCCGGGCUGGCUCCCCAAGGCCGGCCGCUCCCCGCCGACGCCGCGACUCCGGCUCCCCGGCCGCGCAGGGCCCCCGGCGGGGGGAAAGCACGCCGCGCCCCCGACGCGCGCGCCGCCCAGCCUCCCAGACACCACCACGCCCAUGCUGUCGCUGCGGCAGCGUAUGAUGCACUCGCGCUUCCGGAACCCGCUGAACCGCGCGCCCGCCAGACCCCCCUACAGACCAGGUUAUACUGGCAGACCACACAUAGAUGGGAGCGUCCUUCCUAGUAGUAAUGGAAAACAGAGUGGACAAAGAGUUAUCAAUGGCCCCCAAGGAACAAAGUGGGUUGUGGAUCUUGAUCGUGGGUUAGUACUGAAUGCAGAAGGAAGGUACCUCCAAGACUCAAACGGCAAUCCUCUUCGCAUUAAACUAGGAGGAGAUGGGCGGACCAUUGUGGAUCUGGGAGGAACCCCUGUGGUGAGCCCUGAUGGCCUCCCCCUCUUUGGGCAGGGACGCCAUGGCAAACCCCUGGCCAGUGCCCCAGACAAACCCAUUUUGAGCCUUGGAGGGAAGCCCCUGGUGGGCUUGGAGGUCAUCAAAACAACCACCCCCACCCCCACCACAACUGUGCAGUCCACCACCACUACCACCCUUCCGCCUACCACUACAACCCCACAACCCACGACCACCACCACCCGAAGGACCACCACCACACGCCCGAGGACCACAACCCGGACUACCACACGGGCCACCACCACCACCACCCCAGAGCCCACCACCGCGGUCCCCACCUGUCCCCCUGGCACCGUAGAACAGCAUGAUGAAGAUGGCAACCAGAUAAUGGCCUCCAAUGGUAUCCCUGAGUGCUACCCUGAAGAAGAUGAGUUCUCGGGAUUGGAGAGUGACACGGUGAUGCCCACAGAGGAAGCCUACGUUGUAUAUGAUGAAGAUUACGAAUUUGAGACUGGAAGGCCACCAGCCACCACCAAGCCAUCGACGACUGCGGCCACCCCAAGGAUCAUUUCACCAGAAGGGUCCAUCAGUUCUUUCCCUGAGGAAGAGUUUGAUCUGGCUGGAAGGAAACGAUUUGUUGCACCUUAUGUGACGUACCUAAAUAAGGACCCCUCCGCUCCAUGCUCUCUGACUGAUGCUCUAGAUCACUUCCAAGUGGAGAGCCUGGAUGAAAUCAUUCCAAACGACCUGAGGAAGAGUGACCAACCCCCUCAACACACGCCUCGCAACAUCACUGUGGUUGCUGUGGAAGGCUGCCACUCAUUUGUCAUCGUGGACUGGGACAAAGCCACCCCAGGAGAUGUUGUGACAGGUUACUUGGUCUACAGCGCAUCCUAUGAAGACUUCAUCAGAAACAAAUGGUCCACUCAAGCUUCGUCAGUGACUCAUUUGCCCAUUGAGAAUCUGAAGCCAAACACGAGGUAUUAUUUUAAAGUUCAAGCCAAAAAUCCUCAUGGCUAUGGGCCUGUCAGCCCUUCGGUCUCAUUCAUUACAGAAUCAGACAACCCUCUGCUUGUGGUGAGGCCACCAGGUGGUGAGCCCAUCUGGAUCCCAUUUACUUUCAAACAUGACCCUGGCUACACGGACUGCCACGGCCGGCAAUACGUGAAGCGGACGUGGUACAGAAAGUUUGUGGGGGUCGUUCUCUGUAACUCCCUGAGGUAUAAGAUCUACCUCAGUGACAACCUGAAAGAUACCUUCUACAGCAUUGGGGACAGCUGGGGAAGAGGCGAAGACCAUUGCCAGUUUGUGGAUUCACACCUGGAUGGAAGAACAGGGCCUCAGUCUUAUGUAGAAGCCCUACCUACUAUUCCAGGCUACUAUCGCCAGUAUCGCCAGGAACCUGUCAGCUUUGGUAACAUCGGUUUCGGAACCCCCUACUACUACGUGGGCUGGUACGAGUGUGGGGUCUCCAUCCCAGGAAAGUGGUAG